AUGAUGGAGGAAUUCACAUAUGAACACGAUUUCAACUCUCACUUCGCCACCGAUCUGGACUAUUUGCAACAACCCAUCCAACAGCAACAACAACAACAACAACAACAACAACAACAACAACAGCCAGGACAGACUCAAAGUCUGGAACAAGACCAGGAUCAGGAGCGACACAUGAAUGACAUGAGCGUUUCAUCCAAUACAUCAGAUGGUGGCGCUCAACGGCCAAAGAGGACUCGGGCAAAGGGUGAAGCCCUAGACGUCCUGAAACGCAAGUUUGAAAUGAAUCCUACACCUUCUUUGGUGGAGAGGAAGAAAAUAUCUGAUCUGAUAGGAAUGCCUGAGAAAAACGUUAGGAUUUGGUUUCAGAACAGAAGAGCUAAGUUGCGGAAAAAACAGCACGAGGGAAAUAAGGAUCCGAACCCCUCAUCACAGUCCCAUGAUAAUACUAACGAUUACGACCGUGGUAACGAAAACAAUUCAGUAACCACAACGAGUACGUCUUCCAUUUUUCACGAUGAAGAUCUGACUUUUUUUGACCGCAUUCCACUAAAUAGUAACAACAACUACUAUUUCUUCGACAUUUGCUCUAUCACCGUUGGAAGUUGGAACAGAAUGAAAAGCGGUGCUCUGCAGAAGAAGAACUUUCAAUUCAUUAAAGACUUGAGAAACUUAUCGCCAAUAAAGAUCAAUAAUAUCAUGUCGAAUGCCACCGAUUUAAUGGUUUUGAUUUCCAAGAAAAACUCAGAGAUCAACUAUUUUUUCAGUGCCAUGGCAAAUAACACUAAGAUUCUGUUUAGAAUAUUCUUCCCAUUAAGUUCGGUCACCAAUUGCUCUCUAACUUUAGAGACCGAUGAUGAUAUAAUAAAUAAUAAUACUACCAACAAUAAUAACACUAAUAGUAAUAAUAAUAAUGACAACGAUGAUAAUGAUAACAUUAAUGAGGAUAACGAUAAUAGUAGUGAAGAUAAGAGGGAUAUCAGAGAUAAUUUUGGCGAAUUGAAACUAACGGUUACCAGAUCACCCACCUUUGCUGUUUAUUUUCUAAAUAAUUCUCCUGAUGAAGAUCCAAACCUAAAUAACCAAUGGUCAAUCUGCGAUGAUUUUUCAGAAGGCAGACAGGUGAAUGACGCCUUUGUUGGUGGUUCGAAUAUUCCUCACACUUUAAAGGGUCUACAGAAAUCUUUAAGAUUUAUGAAUUCUCUAAUCUUAGACUAUAAAUCUUCAAAUGAAAUAAUACCUGCCAUUAAUCCUGCAAUCCCAACUACUGCAAUUCCACAACAAAAUAUUACUGCUCCAUUUUUACAUACAAAUUCAAGCGCAACAGAUUCCAAUCCAAAUACAAACUUAGAAGAAUCUCUGUUCUUCGACCAUGAUCUAUUAUCUAGUUCAAUAACUAAUACGACUAACAGACCAAAUCUUGAUGGCGGACUUCAAGGUAAUAAGGAUGAUACGCUAAAUUUGUUGGAUACUACGGUCAACAGCAACACCAACCGGGAUGCCAAUAAUGAGGAGGACCAUCUAGUUCAAGAACAUUUGCCCGACGACACUAAUUUAAUAGCAAAUCCAACCGAUCAAUUAUUGUCUUUACCAGCUGAUAGUGAGCUUCCAAAUACUCCAGACUUUUUAAAAAACACCAAUGAACUAACCGAUGAGCAUAGAUGGAUAUGA